AUGCCAGGAGCCCGGGACCACUUCACUAGCCGUCAUUAUGACGCUGAACACAGCACCGGCCCGCUCAAGUUUCUGAAUCCAACUAAGCGAUAUCUGGUCGCCCACAAGAAGCCAAUCGCUGGGCCUGACACAGGGAAAACUCAACCGCCAGCGCGACCGAGUGCUCAGCAUCCCGGAGUUGCUCAUAUCUGGAGAAGUCGAGAUAAUAGGAAAGGACGGCAUGCGCUGGCCGUCAGUGUUGAUCCUAGAAAACAUGAUGCAACUGAAGGCCCGAGGCCAUCGAAUACCUGGAACCAGACUCUACGUGGGGUUUCGAGGAUGCUUCUGAGAUACCCAGUCUGGGAUGUGUCUUACGAUGUCGCGGUCGUCUUCACUAUAGGGUCGAUCAUUUGGGUUAUUAAUGGAUUCUUCUCCUGGUUGCCCGUCCAUUAUCCCUCGAUAGAGUUCUCUGACUGGGCUGGCGGACUGACAGCAUUCAUCGGAGCUACUGUCUUCGAGUUUGGUUCAGUGCUACUUAUGCUCGAGGCCGUCAACGAGAACCGCUCAGACUGUUUUGGAUGGGCAGUGGAAGAAACUGUAGAUGGUAUUCUCCAUCUCAAACCUGCACACAACUGCAGGCAUUCACAUGCCCAAAAGCGGACAUUUGUCAAAGGAACCUCACACCUAGUUAAAAUCAAAGAAAGACGUAUGGAAUCAUCUGACAGUAAUCGGACGUGGUCUUGGUGGCCGACGUGGUACGAGCUGAGAACGCAUUACUUCUAUGAGAUAGGUUUUCUGGCCUGCUCCUCGCAGAUGUUCGGCGCCACAGUCUUCUGGAUAUCAGGUUUCACGGCACUACCGCCUAUACUUCACAGCCUCUCUACGCCGGCUGAGAACGGGGCCUAUUGGCUGCCCCAAGUCAUCGGAGGCACGGGUUUCAUCGUCUCGGGCACGCUCUUCAUGCUUGAAGUCCAGUCUUGCUGGUACAUCCCCGCGCCACGGGUUCUCGGAUGGCAUAUUGGACUAUGGAACUUGAUAGGCGCUAUCGGAUUCACGCUGUGCGGCGCGCUGGGCUUUGGUGCCACACAGCCGGGUGUCGAGUAUGCGCUUGCGCUGUCGACGUUCAUAGGCUCUUGGGCAUUUCUUGUGAGUUUAGCGGUGCUUCGUGGGAGGCAUGGGACUGACUCGAGCUUGCAGAUUGGGAGUGCGAUACAAUGGUUCGAGAGCCUUAACAAGUAUCCUGUCUGGGUAGAUGAAAAGGUUGGGCGCCUGGAGCGGCAAACAGGCUGA